AUGGAAGAAGCCGGCAGCACAGCUUCUCCGGCGACGAGGAAGAAGAGUGCGCUCUACACACGGACGGGCGAUAAAGGUGAGUCGAGUCUGUACACCGGAGAGCGACGAGCCAAGGACGAUGCCAUCUUUGAAGCACUCGGCACCAUCGACGAGCUCAACUCGCACCUAGGGGUAGCAAGCGAGUACUGCAAGCUGGCGGACAACGGCCUGCACGUCUACAUCGAAGAGAUACAGGCCCGGCUGAUGGACGUUGGCUCUGCCGUGGCAACUCCAGAGACUUCGGCUACUGAGCCGCAAAAGGCCAAAAUGGCCUUUGGUAUGGAGUACACAGAAGCCCUCGAAGAGUGGAUCGACCUGCUCGACGGGCAGCUCCCCAAGCUCACCAGGUUCAUUCUGCCCUCUGGCGGCAUGAGCAGCGCACACUUGCACGUAGCCCGAUCGGUGUGCCGGAGUGCGGAGCGGCGAGUCGUGACGCUGGUUCAUCUCCGAACGACGGACUCGUCGGUCGCUUGUUAUCUCAACCGGUUGAGCGAUUUUCUCUUUGCCGCGGCAAGGUGCGCCGCAAUGAAGGAUGGCAGGGAGGAGACUACCUACAAAAAGGGUGAAGGCAAGAAGGUUCGACCUGUCCAAGCAAACGAGUAA